UUGUUCAGUUUUCUCCGGGAAGAAGUUCAAUAGCUUGCAGUGAAGUAACCAUGGCGAAACCAGGUCGAGGUCGUGGUCGUGCAUCCUCGCCUUCUGGCUCGGACACGGGUUCGUCUUCUUCAUCUCGCUCGAGUUCUGGUUCAGAUUCUCGUUCCCGCUCUCGGUCACGUUCUCGCUCCUUUUCUUCUUCUUCCGCUCCGUCUCGGAGUGUUAGUUCUGGCAGAAGAUCCCCUCCGCCGCCGAGAAGAAGUCCUGCAGGUGCAGCCAGGCGCCGUCCUUCUCCUCCACCUGCUAAACGGGCUUCACCUCCCCCAACGAAAGCAUCUCCCAUUCUUGAGUCUGUGGUUCUGCACAUUGACAAGCUAACCAGGAAUGUGAACGAAGGACAUUUAAGAGAAAUAUUCAGUAACUUUGGUGAAGUUGUUAAUGUGGAGCUGAGUAUGGAUCGUACAGUUAAUCUUCCUCGUGGAUAUGGCUAUGUGGAGUUCAAGACAAGGGCUGAUGCAGAAAAAGCUCUACUUUACAUGGAUGGUGCACAAAUUGAUGGGAAUAUUGUUCAAGCAAGAUUCACAUUACCUCCACGCCAGAAAGUGUCAUCACCUCCAAAAGCUGUUCCAGCUGCUCAGAAAAAGGAAGCUCUCCAAAAGGAUAAUGUUGGUGUUGAUGGUGAAAAGAAUGGGCAACGCCAGAGAGAAUCUUCUCCACGUCGUAAACCUCUUUCACCACCACGAAGGAGAUCCCCUUUAGCACAUCGAAGGGGAGAAUCACCUCGAAGGCGGCCGGAAUCACCUCCACGACGGCGUGUAGAGUCCCCUGUUCGUCGCCGGGGUGAAACACCUCCUAGAAGGAGGCCAGCAUCUCCAGCUAGAAGACGUUCUCCAUCACCUCCUCUAAGGCGGCACAGAUCUCCUGCACGAACUUCUCCCCGAAGAAUCCGUGGUAGUCCGGUCCGCAAACGCUCCCCUGUCCCAGUGAGGCGGCGUUCUCCUCCUAGACGUGCACGAAGUCCUCCUCGAAGGUCACCCAUGCGCCGGCGUAGCCGCUCUCCUAUUCGUAGGCCUGCUCGGUCACGUUCAAGAUCAGUUUCUCCUCGCAGGGGCCGAGCAGUGGCUCAAAGACGUGGAAGGUCUUCAUCGUAUUCUGGAUCACCGAGUCGUCGCCAGGGAGGAAGGAGAAUUUCAAGAAGUCGUAGCCCAAGAAGGCCUGGCCGAGGAAGGAGCAGUAGCAAUAGUCGCAGCAGUAGUUCCCCAUCUCCUAGGCCAUAAGUUCCUCAACUAUACAGCAGGUAGAUUUCUCAAUUACUCCCCUCCCUCCCGCUUUUCCGCAACUCCCCUUCUUCAAAUUUCCCUCCCCACAAAAUCCA